AUCAUAUAAAUGCUUCGUUCCAGUUCAUUCCUUGGAGGAUACUCAAGAUCUAGUAUUAUAUAAAUCUAUAAAUUGAAUAGUGUCUAAAAACAGAUUAAGACCAAGAGUAUUGUCAUAUAGACAUACAAAAUUGAGAUAUUUGGCAUUGUUUUUUGCAUGCAUGAUUAUGAUAGGUGAUGCAUAUUGCUUUGAUAAUCCAAUGGCUUUAUAGAGUGAAAUAAAGGAUUAAUAUGGAGUAGAUCAAUUUCAGUUUAAUUUAUUAUAUACAGUUUAUUCAUUACCCAAUAUUGUACUUCCUUUUUUUGGAGGAGUUUUAAUAGAUAAAAUAGGUGCAAGAACAGCUAUUUUAUUAUUUUCAACAAUUAUUAUGAUAGGUUAAUUAGUUUGUGUUUGGGGUGCAUAUAAUUUAAGUUUUUGGACUUUAAUAACUGGAAGAGUGAUUUUUGGAAUGGGAUCAGAAAGUUUGAAUGUGUCAUAAAAUUCGAUUAUGGCUAUAUGGUUUAAAGAUUAAGAGAUGAGUUUAGCAAUUGGAUUAUGUAUAAGCAUUCCUAAAAUUGGUAAUGCUCUUAAUAGUCUUCUAAGUCCUUAGAUAUAUUCAAAAUAUUAAUCUUUAGCUGCUCCAAUGAUAGUUGGAGUUGGGACACUAAUAUACUCAUUUGUAAAGAUAAUCAAAUAACUAUCUAGAUUUGUGGAAUAGCCUUAAUAUAUAUGGAUUAUAAGAGUGAAUAAAGAGAAAAGUAGAAUCAAAUGUUAUUGAAUAAAAAUGAUGAAAAUCAUCGAUCAUAAUCAGAACUAUCCGCCUCAGUCAAAAAAUCAAUUAAAGAUGAAGAUUGUGAUUCUCCAGAUUUAGGAAGAAGUCCAGAAAUAUGUAUACCUUCCUUAUUUAUAUUAUUAAGUUGCUACUCCAUAACAUUAAGAGGAAGAAUAAAAUGAACAUGAAGUAAAGGAAGAAAUCAAUUUCAAAGACAUUGCUAAAUUAUCAGGAACCUUUUGGAUUUUGAUUAUAAUUUGCAUGUUGACUGAAGCUUUAUUUGUACCUUUUCUUGAUAAUGGAAAUGAAUUGUUAUAAGAGAGAUUUGGUAUGACAGCUGAGGAAGCAGGACUUUUCUUAAUUAUACCAUAUUUAGUAGCAUCAGGAUCUACUCCCUUCAUUGGAAAUAUGGCUGAUAAAGUAAUUCAUUAUGCAAAAUUAACUAGCUUGGUAGAAGAAGUUUAUUAAUUAUUGUUACAUCAUUUAUCUUUCUGAUUACACAUAUCCUAUUCAUUUUUAGAAUUUGCACUUCAGUUUGUUUUUUAAUUACCAUUCCUUUGACUAUUUUAGGAUUAUGCUUUGGAUUUUAUGCUUCCGUUGUCAUUCCUUCGGUUCCUUUUGUUGUCAAAUCAUAACUUGUUGGAACAGCUUUUGGAUUAACUGGAGUAUUUUAAAACACUGCUUUAGCCUUAUUUCCUAUGAUUACUGGAAUGAUAUUUAAUUAAUUUAAACAUGAUGAAAAUGGAGAAGAAAAUGAAGAAAGAGGUUAUGUUUAUUAAAGUUUCUUUUUUAUUGGUAUGAGUGUUUUACUUGUUAUUAUUGCUAUUUUAUUAAUGUUUGUAGAUAAAAAUGGAGAAAGAAAAUUAAGUUAAAGAGGAAAAGGAUUUGCAGGAAAACGUAAAGUUGAUUAUGUUAGUGUACAUGAAGUUACUGACAUACCAGCAGAUAAAAAAAUUAGCAUUAAUUAUGAUGCUGAUCAAAGAAUUUGA